GGGCUGGUAGUAGCUCUUGGUGCAACUUGCGCUCGUUACUGAUUGGGUUUGUGGCGAUGCAGAGUUUGAAUUUGACCGUCAAAGUGAUUCGUCACGUCUCCCACGAAGCGCCUCCAGCUCCGGCAGUAAUGAAGGUCCGUGAAGAACCGGCGGUUCCGAAACCAAAGCAUGAUCACGCACCCAAUCCACUGCACGCUUCGCGCCACGAAAAUCAUCAGCCAAAGUCGGAUAAGCUCAAGGCACCGGUGGAACGAGUGGACGAGACGGCUGACGAAAAGCACGACUCGGACACCGAAACAGGAGACGAUCCCGUUGUCAAGCCGCACGAAAUAUUGCCUCUUGUCGUUGAGGAGGAAAGAGAGGACCGUGAAAAGGAAUCUCCAAUGCAACCGGUAGACUCCGCAGUGCUGGAUCCGGAAUCUACCCAAGUCUUACAAAAACACGGCACGGGUGCCACGCUCUUGGGCUACGUUGUGGAUAUGGUCCAAGAACGUGCGCAUCCCUCGUUUCGCAAACUCCCCGUUUCUAUUCGGCCCGAUACUGCCAAAGUCGCGUCACUUGUUGGCGAAGCCUCUGUCCAAGCCUGUGAGAGUGUCGUCGCCCAGAGCAACGACAAUCCGGAGGCCCGUCCUAGUAUUUCCCAAAAUCCCCACUGUCGUGACGAAGACACGGUUUUGGUCGUAUACAACUCUGCCACUUUUUCCCGACGCUACUGUGGGAAAACGAUUAAGCCGGGACAAGCCCUUAAGCUUGAUCAAGACAUGGAUGACCACUGCCGCCUAGAGCUGCCGCGUGUGUUUGCUGUGGAUGACCCUCCACUGGAUGGACAGGGCAUGGCGCCCAUUAUCGUGCAAUCGAAGGCAACGGCACAGCAAGAGACGGCACUGGAAGACUCAGAACUAGAAACAGUACCGUGCAGCAUUCCGUGUCAGUGGGAAAAGGAUAUAUCGGGCAAAGAUCUGGUGAUUGCUGGCACCACUUGGCAACUCCACCAAACAAUGGACGAUCCAUAUUUCCACGACGACGCCAAAAUUGAACGUACAGAUUUCCGUUCCGACAAAUACUACUCGACCACCUCGCUACGCUCUUCUAUUCCCCUUACCUUUUAUGACAGCUCCAAACACUCCUUACGAAACCGUCCCGCUCUCGAUUGGGCCAACACGGCCAACGCCGCCACGUACGUUCUCAAUAGCAACUGCCAAACCCAAGGGACCCGUCGCCAAAAGUGGUUGGCCGCUGUCCAAGCAGUCUUCCGCGUGGCAGCCUAUGGAUCAUGUCAACACAAUACCGACCUGGCGCCGGGAGAAACGGUGGACACACUGGAGGGUCGUUUGGCGCUUUCCCGAAAAAAUCGUAUCCACCUUGCCUUUGAAGCUGCGUCGGAAAAGGACCAUUUGACAGACGUGUCUUUCGAGGCACUACUCUCGGGGGCCGUCCCGGUACUUUUGGGCCCCUCCAACGCGAAUCAACUGUUUCCUCCCCACUCGGCCAUUUUUGCUUCAGACUUUAACAAAUGGGAUGCUUUGGCAGCCUACGUCAAGGAGGUGGCGGAAAAUCGCACACUGUGGGAAUCCUUUCACAUAUGGCGAACAGAUGAGACCGUACUACGAACUUGGGAAUCUCGCUGGGCCUUUGCCGAGACGACAGCCUCUACAGCUAGUCCACAGUGUCGAACCUGUCGGUGGGCAUACGCCAAAGAAUUCGGUUUAGGUUGGAACCACACCGCGCAGACCAUCCAACCAACACAUUUGCCACGGGAUUUGUGUCUGGAUCCAACGUCAAAAAUCGUGAUGAAACCCUUCCGGGAAUAUUGGGUACAACGGGGAUCCCAAUUGGAGGACAUUGAGGUUGACACGGGUGACGGUUGUUCGAAACCCAUGUCUUCUUCCACCAUUGAAAUGGAUGGGUACAAGGUUGAACGCGAGGUUUCCGAACACGAUGGAGUCGUAGACAUUGUGGUGCAGAGCGUAGAGAAGGAGUCUGUCAAUGAACCUGUGACGCUGCGAUUGCACGUAGACGUGCGCAAUUCCGAGGGCGCCUACUUCCGCAAUCCACAUACAUUGGUGUCUACAAGUCGUGGUCCUUGGAUCAGUAGCGCCGCAAUACAGGACGAAUUUUCCAAGGUAACCGUAUUGACCUCUUGGGAGACAAGCGUUCACAGUCCGCAGGAAGGAAUCCUGGAAGUAUCGAUUUUGAAGGAAAACGAAUCUUUCCCUACUAACAACGACGGAGUCCGGCGGAUUCGCGUAAUACUCGAGGAUGUCAACAUGCUGCACGACAAGAUGACCGAACAUUUUCCGUCAUCGUACGCGAAAGUAAUGAUUCAGGACUUUGUCGAUCCACUCGAGUUAUUUUACGUAUCGUCAUAG